CAGGUUGGGCAGAAGGGUCAAGAAACGCCGCUGUUUGGGAGAUGGCUGGAAGAAGAGCCGCGCUCAACUUCAACCUGGCUUAGAGUUAACUGCAUGCACGAGCUGAGUAGCCGGCAGCGACGUCUGGAAGGCUCCGCUGCUACAUCUACCCCAACAGUGAGUGACUUUCCCUUGGAGCUCCCCCGAAGUCUGUGUCUGGUUCCCCGUCUUUGGAUCGGGUCUGGGCGUCCGGCUGCUUGCGCUGUCUUCUCUCUCUCGCUCCCGACAAGAUCAGCUGUGAUCUUCUUCGCGCUGCCACCCGCUCCGUACCUUUUCUUCCCCAAGUCCCUGCCAAAGAUCUCGCAGCAAAGGUGGACUUGCCAGCUGGCCGGCCGAAAGGAGUCUUUCCUUUGAUUGGGGACUUCUGGAAAGAGAGACUUUUUGGGGGAGAGGGGAGGUGUCUCGCAGUAGCAGCUUGUUAGGUGGAGCUGAGAAGACCCAAACAUUUCCCCCUCUGCCAUGGGAUGGAUGCCCUGUGUGAAUACAGCUACUGCUCGCUUGCAGCUAGCAUGAAGGAAGCAGAAGCCGGAGAACUCAGCGCUUUCCCCAGCCGGCUAGAAGAGAGGCUGUUAAGCAAUGGCACCAACGAGUCCCUGCAGGAGUUCUGGAGGAGCUUCCUCAACCUAGAGAGAGCAGAUGGAUUGCAGGGAGGCAGUUCUAUCCUCCUACGGAUCUUCAUCUCCAUCAUCUACUCUGUGGUGUGCGCCCUCGGUCUAGUUGGCAACGUGCUGGUGCUCUACCUGAUGAAAAGCAAAUGGAAAAAGUCUUCCAUCAAUCUCUUCGUGACCUGUUUGGCGGUGACCGAUUUCCAAUUUGUCCUGACUUUGCCUUUCUGGGCAGUGGAGAAUGCUCUGGAUUUCACCUGGCUCUUUGGCAAAGUCAUGUGCAAGAUGCUUUCCUAUGUGACAGCCAUGAACAUGUACGCCAGUGUCUUCUUCCUCACUGCCAUGAGCAUUGCCCGCUACCAUGCGGUGGCCUCUGCCCUGAAAAGCAGGAGACAAGGAGGGCUCUUGGAUGGCUGCUCUUCAGCUAAAUGGUUGUGUGCCCUCAUAUGGAUCCUAGCCAUUCUAGCUUCUCUGCCCAAUGGCAUCUUCUCCACCACCUCCACUAUCUUCGGUGAGGAACUCUGUCUGGUCAAGAUACCUGAUAGCCAAGGCAACAAUACUCCAUUCUGGUUGGGUCUCUACCAUGCCCAGAAGGUCCUACUGGGCUUUCUAUUGCCUUUGACCAUCAUCACCCUUUGCUACCUUUUGCUGGUGCGCUUCAUCAGUGACAGACAUGUGGGUGCCGGUUCCUGUGGGCCAAGCACUAAGCGCCGAUCCAAGGUGACCAAAUCAGUGACCAUUGUGGUACUGUCCUUCUUCCUUUGCUGGCUGCCCAACCAGGCACUCACCACCUGGGGUGUCCUCAUCAAGCUGAACCUUCUGCACUUCAGCCAUGCCUACUUUCUCUCUCAGGCAUACCUCUUCCCCAUCACCGUCUGCCUGGCACAUUCCAACAGCUGCCUCAACCCCAUCUUCUACUGCCUCAUGCGCAGGGAAUUCCGUAAAGCCCUCAAGAAGCUGUUGUGGAGGAUUGCUUCACCCUCCACCACCACCAUGCGCCCAUUCACUGCUACCACCAAGCCAGAGCAGGAAGAGCAGGCACUGAAGAACCUAAUGACCAUUCAACCCGCAAGCAGUUCUGCUCCUCCUCCUCCUUCUGCUAGAGCAGGAGAUGUUCCUGAUGCCGUCUGCUAUCCUCCUGGGGUGGUGAUGUACAGUAGCUGCUCCAAUAUCUUUCCUUCCAUCACCUCCACUGAGAUGCGCUGUUGAGUCUGAGGGACUGGCACCGAGGAAGAAAGAAAUCGCUUGCUGUCCCCUGAAUCAGUCAAUGUGGUUUCCUGUGUUGGAGCAUUCCUGGAACUGCCUAGUUGUGGGACGGGGGUGGGGAGUAGGUCCAUGUCUGAAGAGCCAUGCUUUUUGGGUAGUUGGGUGUUUAUCAGCAUGGAAGAAAAUGAGGACAGUGCAUUCUAGCACUUAGGGAAGCAAUGUGGGAGUGCGGGGAAAUUUAUGGGAUGGCUUCACUUGUAAUGUCAACUGCUGCACCUUAAUAACAGUAAAAGUGGGGAAAGUGCAGACAAGAGUGACCCGAAUGAUCAAAGCCUGAAGUAACUUCAACAAGAGGAAAUUGUUUGCAAUUCUUUAUAUUUGGGGGAGAGGAUGUGGAAUUAGGCAUGGAACGGAAGAAAUGGGCAAGGAGAAAGUCAGGAUUCUAGACAACGACAAAGGAUGAUGGGAGAGUCAGGCUGGAUAAAAUAAGUAUCUAGAUAGUGACAUUGACACCGUGAUGGCCAUGACCUUCAACAAUUUUAUUUGUGAAGGGUAAAGCUAGGCAUAAUGAGUCCACAGUACCUUCAGAAGUAAUGUUUCUGAAUACAACAAGGUGCGAGGAAAUAAUAGCGAGGAAAGCCCUUGCUGUCAUAUUCUGCAUAUUCCAUAAGCAUCUGGCUUGCCGUUCGAAUAACUGAAGAGUAACUGAAUCAACAUUAAAUUGAUUCAGAUUAGAUGAGCUUUUGAUCCGAUCCAGCAAGCAGACUGUUUUUAUGGGCUUAUGAAUACAGUAAUGGGGUGUGAAAUUGAGUGUUUUAAGGAAGUUGGGUUUUUUUAGAUUAGUCCAGAUAAAAUAAUAUUUGCAUCUCCAAUUAUCCUGGUCAUUGGAAUUAAGAAAAACCUCUCCACCUGACUCUGUUUCCCUUCCUCGUAAGAAAAGUGAAAGGCUAAGUUGAAUGGUCUGGAAAUUCAUUCACCCCAGUUAGAGGGGAUAAUUCAUAAAUGGGGGGGUAUAUUUAUUGUUGAUCCUCAUUAAAACAAUUCCAUCUUCAUAGGAUGGAACACAGGAUUUUAAGAUGAACUAUAUUCGGAUUUCAUGUAUUAGGACUAAGCUCUUUUUAGUUUCUUCGAAGUAUAGAAGAAGAGAAGGAGGAAUGGAGGAGUGAGAGAACAAAAGAGGGAAAAAGCAGCUCUGCUAAAUUGUUCCGCUCUUGAAUCUAAGAUUGAAAACAGGAGAAAUUGUCCUUGUAACUUCAGGAUGUUAUUGCUCUGCCACUGGACUGCCUGUCCAUCGUUUACUUCGAAAUGAUUUCAUUUGUAAAACUGUGGGGGAAACAGACUGGACUUCAAAAGAUUGAUAAAAGUCAAAGGCGGAUUGUGAAAGAGGCUUUGAAGAAAAACCCCAAGAACUGGCAUUAACAAACUGUACCUGGCAAGCAUGGAUUUAAGACUGUCAAAGAUCCUCAUGGUAGUUCAGGCUGAUGUCUAUUCUGUUUAGGUAGAUGACACCCAGUGGUGGGUUGCUACCGGUUUGCCCCAGAUCAGGCGAACCUGUAGCGGCAGCUGUGGGAGGCUCCGCCCACCCGCCCAGACGCGUCUGUAAGCGUCCACGAGCAAAUCGGUAGUGACGGGAUUUGCAACUCACUACUGAUGACACCUAAUUAGAAAUAUGGAAGUGCUAUAUAGUUGCUAUGAUUCUGAGUGUUGGCAGACCUAUCUGGAUAUGAGUUAAAGACAUUCAAAAUAUGCCCUUCGCCAUACUUUAGCUAGAAAGAUGUUCCUCCCUAGCUCCAAUUCCAGAUAAUGAUCUUUUAAACUCCAUUCCCCAUUUAACAACAACAUGGUGGUGAUAUCAAUUGCCCUUGCAGCUGGCAAUAUUUGUACCUUUGAGCAAAUACCUCCUGUAAAUUGAAGGACUGGCCUGAUGAUUAAGGAUGGGAUGUAACUGAUUGAAGAAAGAAGGAGGCAUAACAGUAUAUUUUCUGUAUCAAGGCUGUCUCAUUACAUGUGAACUAUUAAAUCUCUGUAUCCAUAUCAA